GUGUGUGUGUGUGUGUGUGUGUGUGUGUGUGUGUGUGUGUGUGUGUGUGUGUGUGUGUGUGUGUGAGUGAUUGCCCCUCCCGUGUGUUUCAGCUGAAGUGUAGUUGAGGAUGAGUGAGUGAGAGGAUCAGGUCACUUUAAGCUUUGCUGCAGCACAUGGGCCUCGUCUCAUUUACAGCAGAUUCACACAUCACAAUCUCGGGGAGGUCUGAAGAGAAAACACACAAAGUCAUGAAUAAACUGUCAGCGAAGGUUUCUCCAUGCUCCACACCUUCACCUGCUGCACUGCACACCACCUCCACCUCAGAGAUGGAUGUGAAGAGUGAGGAGUGUGUGUUGAUGCAGGACGCUGGGGCAAGCGAUCGUCCGUGUCGGAACCCCCUCAGGACGAUGUUGCGGGUAGUGGUGGGCGUGGUGCUGGGCGUCGUCAUGGCGACAACGUGGGUGUGGGCGGCUCACAGCGCUAAAGACAUGCUCACACACUUUGACGCUCCUUUUUUCAUCUUUUGGUUCUGCAGCAUCUGGAACCUGUUGAUGUUCCCUCUGUAUUACACCGGACACUACCUGUCCUACACACACCGGGACACGCCCACUGCACACUUUAGGAGGUGUGUAAGGUUCCUGGGUGAUGGUGAGGUGACAGUGAGAAUGAUGUUGAGGUUCUCUGCUCCGUUCUCAUUGUUGUGGUGUGUGUCGGGGUUCCUGUACCUGCGCGCUCUCAGCACCAUCUCAGUGACAGACUGCAGCUCUGUGAUGUGCUGUAACUCCGCCUUCACCUUCCUGCUCAGCUGGAUCUGCCUUAAGGAGCGCUUCCUGGGAGUCAGGGUGGUAGCAGUGAUCCUCUCUAUAACAGGAAUCGUGAUGUUAGCGUACUCUGACGGAUUCUACAGUGACUCUAUCACCGGAGUGGCUCUGGGGGUCGGAUCAGCCUCCUGCUCUGCGCUCUAUAAUGUGUUGUACAGGAAGCGUGUAGGGACACUUGAUCCUGCCCCGGCGAGUGUUGUGUUGUGUUGUGUGGGUCUAUGUGCACUUGUGUUACACUCAUGGGUGUGUGUGCUGCUGUAUGUUACACACGUGGAGUUCUGGCCACCAUCUCAGCCCAUGCCCUGGAACACACUCUGCACCACAGCCUCACUGCUUCUCGUGUUUAAUGUGCUAGUGAACAUGGGAGGAGUGUGCACUACCCUGAGCUCAUCUCACUCGGGAUCCUGCUCACAGUUCCAGCCAGCGCAGCGGUGGAUGUGUGGCUGUUGGAGGCUCCGCCCCUCAGUGACAUGCGGUUGAUGGCGUUCGUUUUGAUCUCGGCUGCAUUUGUGUUGCUGCUGUUUCCUGAAGACUGGGACGAGAAAUUACUGCAGUCUAUCAGUUCAGUGUGGAGUCAAACAACAAUCAACACCUAACACACACUAACACACUUAACACACACUUAACACACACUAACACACUUAACACACACUAACACACCUAACACACCUAACACACACUAACACAC